CUGAAAGGUCUGGUCGCAGAGACAGGAACGCAGCAUCCUCAGCGUGCUCCAUCCCGGCAGCGUCCUCCUGCGCUCCGCCGGGCAGCGAGCCUCCGGACAACAGCCCCUCUGCUUCUCGGAGAAGCCCUGUCAUUCUCUGAUGGCGAGAACAUCCUGCUACAAGUGAAGACCGCCUGGGUUGGCCCCCUGACAGCUUCUAAGCCUGAUGAAGUCCUCCGAUAUCGAUCAGGAUUUAUUUACAGACAGUUACUGCAAGGUGUGCAGUGCACAGCUGAUAUCCGAGUCCCAGCGGGUGGCCCAUUAUGAGAGUCGAAAGCAUGCCAGCAAAGUCCGGCUAUAUUACAUGCUUCACCCCAGGGAUGGUGGGUGUCCUGCCAAGAGGCUCCGAGCAGAAAAUGGAAGCGAUGCUGACAUGGUGGAUAAGAAUAAAUGCUGUACACUCUGUAACAUGUCCUUUACCUCAGCCGUGGUGGCCGACUCACAUUACCAAGGCAAAAUCCACGCCAAAAGGUUAAAACUGUUGCUAGGAGAGAAACCUCCAUUGAAAACCACAGCAGCACCGCUGACUUCACUUAAGGCCCCUCGAGUGGACACGGCCCCCAUGGUCGCAUCUCCCUAUCAGAGAAGAGACUCAGACAGGUACUGCGGUCUCUGUGCAGCCUGGUUUAACAACCCUCUGAUGGCCCAGCAGCAUUACGACGGCAAGAAACACAAAAAGAACGCAGCUCGGGUUGCCUUGCUAGAGCAGCUUGGGACAUCUCUGGAUCUGGGGGAACUCAGAGGUCUGAGACGCACUUACAGAUGUACCACCUGCAGUGUCUCGCUCAACUCAAUAGAACAGUAUCAUGCACACCUGCAAGGAUCAAAACAUCAGACCAACCUGAAGAAUAAGUAGUGACAGCAUCAAUCAAGAGCUAAGAAGAGACUCCAGCAUUCUUCCUGUGGUAGAGAACUGCUCACCAACCAAAAAGAGGAUCCUUUCUUGAGCAAUGAACAUUUCUUACAAGGAUUCACAGAUUAGAUUAACACAUGACCAGUAUUGAUUUUUGAAAGUAAAUAAGAUUUCUUUUUCUUCUUUUCAUUUAGUGGCAAAUUAUACUUGGAUUUAACAGAAUCCUUUUCUGAUAACGUGUUUAGCACAAGUUCUAAACUGCAAACACACAGCAGCUAGUCAGAGCAUUAUUCAAACUUACAAAGAGUGGAAAAUUUAAUUUCCAACUUAUUCUAGAUUUCCGUAGAGUUACGACGAUUCUGUGACACCCUUCAUGAUUAUCAUGUAAGCCUCCUAGAUCCAUUAACGAAUAUACUUUUGUUAUCAUGGGGAAACAUAGUUGGUGACGACAACCACAAAAACACAACAAAUUGUGGUUUGUAGAAGUUAUA